AUGCAUCCCGACCUGCUCAAACAUCCUCAUCAGGCAGCCGUGAACGGAGGAAAAGCCGGCAGCCCAUCCGAUGAUGAUGCUUUUCGGGCCCGCCAGCUGUGUGGCCCUCGAAGAAAGCUAAUUCUCUGCUUCGAUGGCACAGGCAACAAGUUUCGGGGCGACGACAGCGACAGCAACAUAUUGAAGAUUUUUCGCAUGCUGGACAGUACGGCCAAUGACCAGUUCCAUUACUACCAACCUGGUAUCGGGACCUACGUCGUCUCGGAAAACCUGACGCAUAAUGGUCUCCGAGCCAAGUGCAAGUCAUACUACCAGAUGGCGAAAGACUCGGCGAUCGGGUCCUCCUUCGACCAGCAUGUCGUGGGCGGCUAUCGAUUUCUGAUGCGAUACUACUCGCCCGGAGACGACAUCUACAUGUUUGGUUUCUCUCGGGGCGCCUACGUUGCCAGAUUCCUGGCCGAGAUGUUGGACUUCGUGGGUCUGCUUGCUCACGGAAACGAGGAGAUGGUUGCAUUUGCGUGGAACGCUUUCUCCCAGUGGCAAGCUCGCAGGACCAACUCCACCCCAGAGGGCAAGGAAGAUCGCGAGAAGAUGUACCAAUUCCUCAAAGGAUUCCGGGAAACAUUUUCGCGACCGAUUCGACGAAUCCGAUUUCUGGGGCUUUUUGACACUGUCAACAGUGUUCCCCGGUUCGAGACGGCAUGGAUGCAGCGCAGUAAGUUCCCCUAUACGGCUCGGAGCUCGGCCAAGGUCAUCAGGCAUGCCGUGAGCAUCGACGAGCGGCGAGCCAAGUUCCGACAAGACCUCAUCUACCAAGAGCCAAGGAAAAGCCGCAAGAAGAACGCCGCCAAGCGUAUGAUGGAACACCACCCCAUCAACGAAAAAGUGCAAGAAAUGCAGGAAAAGUACAGACCGGGACGGCGAUCUACCCUUGCCCCCGAUGACAUGGUUGCCCUGGAGGACCGUGGCCGGAGGCAAGAUCACGGCCAGCCGGAGGAUGCGGAACACCCGGCGCCUUUUCGGACUCGCUCAAGGACCAGGUCCAAGUCGAGAACCACGGAUCGGUCGCACCAAGGAGACAUGGAGGAUGCAUCUUCGGUCAAUUCCAAGCCCCCAGUGGAAGAUCUCAUCUACGACUCAGAUGACGAGCAUGGACAAGAUGUGGACGAGGUGUGGUUCUCCGGCGGCCAUGGCGAUAUCGGCGGAGGUUGGGAUGCCGUCGCGGGCCGCAAGAACGCCAGCCACAUCCCACUGGUCUGGAUGGUGCGGGAAGCUAUUCGUGCAGGUCUCGCAUUUGAUGUCGAACAGCUUGAAUACCUGGGCUGCGUUGAGUCAGUUACCGGGGUAUCAUCUCCCAACGUGACCGGCGAUACCUCGACUGUGCCGGAAAUCCAUGUGGAUGCUCCGUCUCCGCUCGGCUCUCCGACCGCUUCUCCGGGUGGCUCGUCGAAAGGUCGGACGGACGAAGAUGCCGAGCGGCUCACUCGUGUGCACACCAGCACUAUGUUCAGCGAAAUGAUACACACGGCCCACGAGGCGGACAUUCACGAUUCACUCGACUUCUCUUGCGGAAUGCAUCCUGCUACCGUCUUCAUGUGGCGCGUCAUGGAGCACUUGCCGUUUCGCCGACUUGACUUGAGGCCCGACGGUAGUUGGAAACCGAUUCGAUGGCCGCUGCCGAGAGGCGAGGUGCGCGAUGUGCCGGAUAAAGUGAGGAUUCACGGCAGUGUCAUUCGAAGGAUGGAAAGAGAUCACAAGUACAGACCUGGUAACUUGAUCGUAGGGGGUGGAGGCAGGGGAUGCCGCGUAGCUCCGAAGGAAUAUGGAAUGGGUGAAUGGGUGUGCGUCCAAGGCGAGGGCGACCUUAUUGAUGAGAUAUGGAUGCGCAAGACCAAGCUGGAAAGUGAGCAAACAAAUUGA